AGUCACCAAUCCGAAAAAAAAAAAGAAAAAAGAAAAACGAAAAAAGACAAAAAGAAUAGAAAGGAAACAGUCUCUCUAUGCUGUGUUGUUCUCUCUCUAUGUGUGAUCAGCGAGCACCUCACGGAUCGGAUCUACGUAGUUAUAAAUGACACAGAACGAUCGCCAUGCCUCGAAGACUCGCUCCAAAUUGCUUGAUACCGGAAAAUAAUAAAGGCUACACUAAUUUUGAGGAAAAUUCUCCUCUUCAAUCGGUUCAAUCCUUAGGGUUUCGUUUCUCAUUUUGAACAUGCAUUUUCGGUUCUUGACAUGAAGUUAUGUGCAGAGAAUGUGUUUUGUUUGAAGCUCUGGUUCUUUUGGACGAUUUGAUCGAGUUCUUGACGUAAAAAAACACCUAAUUUACAAGUGGCAACUAGAAAUGGCAGCUUCUCCAGUCAAAUUCCUCUUUGGAUUCUUGAUGAUUUCCAUCACAUUAUGGAUGCUCUUCAUAUUUGCUUCCAGGUUGCUGGCUUGGAUUUUAAGCCGAAUCAUUGGAGCAUCUGUUGGAUUUCGGGUUGGUGGAUGGAAAUGUUUAAGGGAUGUUGUAGUGAAGUUCAGAAAGGGUGCUAUUGAAUCUAUAUCAGUUGGAGAAAUUAGGCUCAGCUUACGCCAGUCCUUGGUCAAACUUGGAGUUGGUUUCAUUUCCAGGGAUCCAAAGCUGCAAGUGGUAAUAUGUGACUUGGAAGUUGUAAUGAGGCCAUCUAACAAAGGCACACCUAAAACUAGAACUCAAAGAUCAAAACCCCGUAAUUCAGGCCGGGGAAAGUGGAUGGUCUUAGCUAACAUAGCAAGAUUUUUGUCGGUUUCUAUUACAGAAUUAGUUGUAAAGACGCCCAAAGCUAUGAUUGAGGUUAAAGAAGUGAGAGUGGAUAUAACCAAAGAUGGUUCCUCCAAACCAAACCUCUUCAUCAAGUUACAAAUAUUACCUGUUGUUAUUCACAUGGGCGAACCACGUGUUAGUUGUGAUCAAUCAUCCAAUUUUGAGAGUGGAGGAUGCAUUUCUACAAGUGAUGGAUCAUUUGGUAUGAUGGAAACACCUUCUGCUUCCUUCAGCUGUGAAGAAUUUUCUCUCUCUUGUGAAUUUGCUCAUGACAGGGAAGUUGGUGUAAUUAUCCAGAAUGUGGAUGUUACCUGUGGUGAGGUUGCUGUGAGCCUGAAUGAGAAGAUUCUUUUGAAAAGAAAGACUUCAGAUGCUUCUUCUAAGACGGAUAAGACAGUAGUUGAUUCUGUUGCUGCUAAAGAUCAACAUAAAAAACAAUCAGCCCUUGUCGCAGUUACGAAGUAUGCUUCUAUGUUUCCUCAAAAGGUUAGCUUCACUUUACCAAAAUUGGAUGUGAGGUUUGUUCAUCAAGAACAUAAUCUUGUUAUUGAGAACAAUAUCAUGGGCAUUCAAUUAAGGAGUAUCAAAACUCUAUGUACUGAAGAUGUGGGGGAGAGCACUCGUCUUGAUGUUCAGAUUGAUUUCAGUGAGAUACAUCUUCUCAGAGAAGCUGGCACUUCUGUUAUGGAGAUAUUGAAAGUUGUCAUUAUCUCUUUCGUUUACAUUCCACUUCAGCCUACUUCACCAGUUAGAGCUGAGAUAGAUGUUAAGCUGGGAGGUACACAGUGCAAUAUUAUAAUGAGUAGAUUAAAGCCAUUGUUGCAACUCCAUUACUCAAAAAAGAAAAAAAUGGUACUCCGGGAGGAAAAUCCUACUCCAGUAAAGCCAAAAUCAACUGAUUCCAAAGCCAUUAUGUGGACAUGUACUGUCUCAGCUCCCGAGAUGACUAUUGUGCUUUAUAGUAUCAGUGGAUCGCCUUUGUAUCAUUGCUGCUCACAAUCCUCACAUGUUUUUGCAAAUAACAUAUCAAGCAUGGGCACUACAAUACAUUUGGAACUUGGUGAACUAAACUUGCAUAUGGCAGAUGAAUAUCAAGAAUGGUUAAAAGAAAGCCCAUUUGUUGUGGAUUCGAAUUUGGGUGCUUUACUUCAUGUAGCAAGGGUUAGUGUAGAUUGGGGCAAAAAGGAUAUCGAAUUGUCUGAAGAGAGUGGUAUGAGAUGUAAAUUAGUUCUCUCUGCUGAUGUGACUGGUAUGGGUGUUUGUUUUAACUUCAAACGUGUAGAAUCACUUAUAGUGACUGCUAUUUCCUUUCAAGCUCUCCUGAAAAGUCUAUCUGCUUCUGGAAAAAGAACAAUCCAGAGCCGAAGUGUGCGAUCAUCGAAACCAUCAGGGAAGGGGAUCCAAGUACUGAAAUUUACUCUGGAAAAGUGUUCUGUAAAUUUUUGUGGUGAAUCAAGUUUGGAAAAUGCAGUUGUUGCUGAUCCCAAGCGCGUUAAUUAUGGAUCACAGGGUGGUCGUGUUGUAAUUAGUGUCUCAGAUGAUGGCACACCACGUACUGCAAGUGUAAUAUCCACUGUUUCUGAUGAUUGUAAGAAGUUGAUAUAUUCUCUUUCUCUUGACAUCAUCCAUUUGACUUUGUGUGUGAACAAGGAGCAGCAAUCUACAGAGGUGGAACUUGAAAGAGCAAGGUCUAUUUAUCAAGAACAUUUGGAGGAGCAUAGAUUUGAUACAAAAGUAACAUUAUUUGAUAUGCAGAACGCAAAAUUCGUACGGCGUUUUGGUGGUCUUAAAGGGAUUGCUAUUUGCUCUCUGUUCAGUGCUACUGACAUUAAAGUCAGGUGGGAGCCUGAUGCACAUUUAUCUAUAAUUGAACUUGUUCUACGACUGAAGUUACUGGUACACAAUCAAAAACUCCAAGGACAUGGUAGCGAAAACAUGGGAGAAGCCUCUAGCAUGAGAGACUCUGAACAGAAAAAAGAUGCCUCCUCGGAAUCUGGACAUAUUGAUAAACCUAAGAAAAAAGAAACCAUUUUUGCUGUUGAUGUGGAAAUGUUGAACAUAUCUGCUGCAGCUGGAGAUGGGGUUGAUGUGGUAGUGCAGGUUCAAUCAAUCUUUUCUGAGAAUGCCCGUAUAGGAGUACUUCUUGAAGGACUUAUGCUUUGUUUUAAUGGGGCCAGAGUACUGAAAAGUGGUAGAAUGCAAAUUUCUCGUAUUCCAAGUGCUUCUAGUAAUUCUUCUGAUCCAAAAUUGCCAGUGGCUAUGAUAUGGGAUUGGGUGAUUCAAGGACUUGAUGUUCAUGUUAGCAUGCCAUUCAGGUUAGAGUUGCGUGCCAUUGAUGAUUCUGUUGAAGAUAUGUUGAGGGCUUUGAAGCUUGUGGUUGCUGCUAAAACUCAACUUAGUUUUCCCAUGAAAAAGGAAAGCUCAAAGCCUACAAAGCCUAGUUCAACUAAGUUUGGACGUGUGAAGUUUUGUAUACGCAAGCUAACUGCUGAUAUUGAAGAAGAACCACUGCAGGGUUGGCUUGAUGAGCACUAUCAACUGAUGAAGAAUGAGGCCAAUGAGCUAGCUGUGAGGUUGAAGUUCCUUGAUGAAUUUAUUUCCAAAGUUAACCAGUCUCCUAAACCUGCUGAAACUAAUGAUCCCACUGUUGAAAGGAAGGUUAUUUAUGAUGGGGUUGAGAUCGAUGUACAAGAUCCUUCAGCAAUUCAGAAAAUUCAGGAAGAGAUUUACAAACAAUCAUUUAGAUCAUAUUACCAGGCAUGCCAGAAGCUAGUACCUUCUGAAGGUUCAGGUGCUUGUAGGGAAGGGUUUCAGUCUGGUUUCAAGUUUACCCCCAAAAGAACUUCUCUUAUAUCCAUUUCUGCUACAGAUUUGGAUUUAACCUUGACAAGGAUUGAUGGUGGAGAUGAUGGGAUGAUAGAGGUUGUAAAAAAGCUCGAUCCUGUCUGCCGUGAAGAGGAUAUACCAUUUGCUCGACUCUAUGGGAGUAAUAUUUUAUUGCGUACUGGCUCUCUGACUGUUCAGAUAAGAGAUUACACAUUUCCUCUUUUUGCAGCUACUGCUGGUAAAUGUGAAGGUCGUCUUGUGCUAGCACAGCAGGCAACCAGCUUUCAGCCCCAAGUUUACCAAGAUGUCUUCAUUGGGAGGUGGAGAAAAGUCUCCUUGCUCCGUUCAGCCAGUGGCACAACACCUCCAAUGAAAAAUUACUUUGAUUUGCCUCUAUAUUUUGAGAAAGCCGAAGUGUCUUUUGGAGUAGGUUAUGAACCAUCUUUUGCUGAUAUAAGCUAUGCUUUUACUGUUGCUCUUCGGAGGGCCAAUUUAAGUGUCAGAAAUCCUGGGCCGCUCGUUCAACCACCAAAAAAAGAGCGUAGCUUGCCAUGGUGGGAUGACAUGAGAAAUUACAUUCAUGGAAAUAUCACCUUAGGCUUUAAUGAAACUAGGUGGUACAUUCUUGCGUCACCUGAUCCUUAUGAAAAGCUUGACAAGCUCCUAAUUACAUCUGGUUCCAUGGAGAUCCAGCAAUCAGAUGGUCGCAUUUAUAUGUCUGCAAAGGAUUUUAAGAUUUUUGUGAGCAGUAUGGAGAGUUUGGCAAAUAGCUGUGGCUCAAAACUUCCUAGUGGUGUAUAUGGUGCUUUCCUUGAAACCCCAGUUUUUACUGUUGAAGUCUUAAUGGAUUGGGAUUGUGAUUCUGGCACUCCACUGAAUCAUUAUCUAUUUGCACUUCCUAAUGAAGGGAAACCUCGAGAAAAAGUUUUUGAUCCCUUCAGAUCUACAUCUCUGUCGCUCCGGUGGAAUUUCUCUUUAAGACCCUCUAUUCCUUCAUGUGAGAAUCUAUCUUCUAAUCCACCUCGCAAGACUGAAAAUGCUUCGAUUGUUCCAACAACACUGAGUGUUGGUGCUCAUGAUUUUGCGUGGUUAAAUAAGUUCUGCGUCUUGAAUUAUCUUCCUCCCUACAAAUUACGUCUUUUUUCUCGGUUUCCUCGUUUUGGGGUUCCCAGAAUUCCCCGGUCAGGAAAUUUGUCAUUAGACAGAGUGAUAACAGAAUUUUUUCUCCGUUUGGAUGCUUCACCCACUUGUAUAAAAAAUAUGCCACUGGAUGACGAUGAUCCUGCAAAAGGACUAACCUUUAAUAUGGCAAAGCUGAAAUAUGAAAUCUGUUUUGGUCGGGGUAAACAACAAAAGUACACUUUUGAAUGCAAGCGAGAAACUCUUGAUCUUGUUUACCAGGGGAUUGACCUUCACAUGCCUAAGGCUUUCUUAGACAAAGAAAAUUCUACUAGUAUUGCAAAAAUAGUUCAAAUGACAAGGAAAAAUAGCCAACCUUCAGCUGUGGACAAAGCACCUAGUGAAAAAAGCAAUAACAGUAGUGGUUGCAAUGAGAAGCACCGGGAUGAUGGAUUUCUUUUGACAUGUGAUUAUUUCACAAUCAGAAAGCAAACACCAAAGGCUGAUGGUGCAAGGCUAACAGCGUGGCAAGAGGCUGGGAGAAGAAAUCUUGAGAUGACAUAUGUGAGGUCUGAGUUUGAAAAUGGGAGUGAGAGUGAUCACGCACGAUCUGACCCAAGUGAUGAUGAUGGAUACAAUGUGGUUAUCGCUGACAGUUGUCAGAGAAUUUUUGUUUAUGGUCUCAAGCUCCUAUGGAAUAUUCCAAAUAGAGAUGCAGUUUGGUCUUGGGUUGGUGGAUUGGCCAAAGCCUUUCAACCUCCCAAGCCUUCCCCUUCUCGACAGUAUGCACAGAGGAAAUUGCGUGAGGAGAGCCAGUCACAUACUGAAACUGAAGCAAAGCAAGAUGAUAUCUCUAAGCCCCCUUCUACCAGCACUAAUGCUGAUUCCCCUUCUCAACAUGCAGAGACUUCUCCAGCAAAUCCAGCUAAAAUAGAGUAUUUAUCUGCUGCUGCAUUUGCAACAAAUGCAAGUACAGAUGACCCUGAAGAGGAAGGGACUCGUCAUUUCAUGGUGAAUGUUAUUGAGCCACAGUUCAAUCUCCACUCAGAAGAAGCUAAUGGUAGAUUCCUGCUUGCUGCUGUUAGUGGUCGUGUUUUAGCCAGAUCAUUUCAUUCUAUUCUCAAUGUUGGAAAGGAGAUUAUUGAACAAGCACUCGGCAGUGGAAAUGAGCAACUUCCUGAAUCUGUACCUGAAAUGACAUGGAAGCGCAUGGAGUUCUCUGUGAUGUUGGAGCAUGUGCAGGCUCAUGUUGCACCAACUGAUGUUGAUCCUGGCGCUGGACUGCAGUGGCUUCCAAAAAUUCGAAGAAGCUCUCCCAAAGUGAAGCGUACUGGUGCUCUACUUGAAAGAGUAUUUAUGCCAUGUGAUAUGUACUUCCGCUAUACAAGACACAAAGGCGGGACUCCGGAACUGAAGGUGAAACCUCUGAAAGAGCUCACUUUCAAUACUGAUAAUAUAACAGCAACAAUGACAUCUCGCCAGUUUCAGGUUAUGCUGGAUGUGUUGACCAAUCUCCUCUUUGCUCGGCCUCCCAAGCCUAGAAAGAGUAAUUUGUCAUAUCUAACUGAAGACGAUGAAGAUGUCGAAGAAGAGGCAGACGAGGUGGUGCCUGAUGGUGUAGAAGAGGUAGAACUUGCUAAAGUCAACCUUGAACAGAAAGAAAGGGAACAGAAGUUGAUACUUGGUGACAUCAGGAAGUUGUCUCUCUAUGAAAGUACUGGAGACCUACAUCCAAUGAAGGAAGGGGAAUUGUGGAUGCUCACUGGUGGAAGAUCCAUCUUGGUGCAAGGACUGAAGAAAGAGCUUGUAAAUGCUAAGAAGUCUAGGAAGGAAGCAUCUGCAUCAUUAAGAUUGGCUCUGCAGAAAGCUGCACAGCUACGACUAAUGGAGAAGGAGAAGAACAAAAGUCCAUCCUAUGCAAUGCGUAUAUCUUUGAAAAUUAACAAAGUGGUUUGGAGCAUGCUUAUAGAUGGUAAAUCUUUUGCUGAGGCCGAGAUAAAUGACAUGAUCUUUGAUUUUGACCGAGAUUACAAGGAUGUCGGUGUUGCUUUGUUUACAACAAAAUAUUGUGUUGUGAGAAACUGCCUUCCUAAUGCAAAGUCUGACAUGGUCCUAUCAGCAUGGAAUCCUCCACCGGAUUGGGGAAAGAAGGUAAUGCUUCGUGUAGAUGCAAAGCAAGGACUUCCAAAGGAUGGAAAUUCCUGCAUUGAGCUUUUCCAGGUAGAGAUUUAUCCCCUUAAGAUUCAUUUGACAGAGACCAUGUACAGGAUGAUGUGGGAGUAUUUCUUCCCAGAAGAAGAACAAGAUUCACAAAGGCGGCAGGAAGUUUGGAAAGUUUCAACUACUGCUGGUGCAAGACGUGUAAAGAAAGGGGCAGAGUUGAGGAGAACAUCUUCUUUUGACAGAACAUGGGAGGAGUCUCUUGCAGAAUCUGUUGCUGCUGAACUCGUCCUGCAGGCUCAUUCUAAAAUGGACUUGGUUGGAUCUAUUGAACCAUCAGAUGAAUCCUCUAAAAGCAAAUCGAAAGAUUCCAAGCUUAUAAAGUCUGGCCGUUCAUCACACGAAGAAAAAAAGAUCGGAAAGUCAACUGAAGAGAAGAGGUCUCGACCUCGAAAAGUCAUGGAGUUUCACAAUAUUAAGAUCAGUCAGGUUGAGCUACAGAUUACUUAUGAAAGCUCUAGAUUUAAUCUGCAUGAGCUUAAAUUGCUGAUGGAUACAUUUCACCGUGUUGAAUUCACUGGGACUUGGAGGAGGCUGUUCUCACGAGUAAAGAAGCAUGUUGUUUGGGGAACCCUGAAGUCUGUGACAGGAAUGCAGGGUAAGAAAUUCAAAGACAAAUCAAAUACUCAAAAGGAGCCCAGUGGACCAAGCGUCCCUGACAUUGAACUUCAUUUUAGUGAUAACGAGGGAAGUCAGGCUGGGAAAUCUGAUCAGUAUCCAAACUUUCUCAAGCGUCCAAGUGAUGGAGCAGGUGAUGGAUUUGUUACUUCCAUAAAGGGUCUCUUCAGUACUCAACGCCGCAAGGCCAAGGCAUUUGUACUGCGAACUAUGAGGGGUGAAGGGGAUAAUGAUUUCCAGGGUGAGUGGAGUGAAAGUGAUGUAGAAUUCUCCCCCUUUGCUAGGCAGCUCACCAUUACAAAAGCUAAGAAACUUAUCCGGCGGCACACAAAGAAAUUCCGGUCAAGAAAAGGUUCAUCCUCACAAAGAGAAUCUUCACUUCCAUCAUCACCAAUUGAAACCACUCCAUUUGAAGCAUUUGAAAGUGAUUCUUCCAGUGAAUCUUCACCUUAUGAGGAUUUUCAAGAGCAACUCGAGCAACUUCAAGGUGACUUUUAAAGGCUUUAUGCUGAUGCAAUCUAUGACUUGGUUGCCAGUCAACAGAAUAUAUGAUUGAAAUUUGCUUCUUACCGCUACUAAAGUUGAUGGCACCUUGGAAAAUAUAAAAUCAGCCGAAGCCAUUUUGAAAUAAGAUUCCUUGUCAUUAGACACUUUUAGUGGCUAUUUUUUUUUUCCUUUUUAUUUUUAUUUUUAUUUAUUUAUUUAUUUUUUGGCUUCACAGCUGUGUUUAGUUUUGUAGCUUCCAAGUAGAUAUGAAAACGCUCUUAAAAUCUUCAUACAAGCUAGCAUAAUCCCACAAAGUUGUACAUAUUUCGAAUAUUUUAAAUAUUUUGGAAAUAAAAGAAUGGCGGAUCUUUUUGAAA